CCUCCGCACACACAGUUUGUACUUGUUGUAGGUUGUUGCCUGCAUUCACCCGUGUGUCCUCCAGGUGCACGGCGUGUCCAUCCCUUUGCUGAUAUUCUAGAAGACUAGUUGGCUGUGCCCAGGAAAGCAUCAUCAUGGACAAGAGUGUCGUUGAAACCCUGGACGAUUACAUCGCCUUUAUGGAUGACAAUGAUGGCUGGACAACGUUGUUCACCAAACUGCAUCAGGAUGCCGUAAGGAAUAUGUCUCCCUGCACUGUGGCCAAGGAGGCAGAAAGCAAAACAAGGAAUCGAUAUCGUGAUGUUCUGCCAGCUGAUCAAUCCCGUGUUUCGCUUGAGGUAGAGGGCGGUCAGUGUGACUACAUCAAUGCUAACUUUGUGGAGAUUGAGGAUGUUGGCCGACAGUAUAUUCUCACUCAGGGCCCACUGCCGCAUACGGCAGAGCAUUUCUGGCAGAUGGUCUGGGAGAAGAAGUCUAAAGGUGUUGCCAUGUUGAAUAAAGUUGUGGAGAAGGCAAUGAGAAAGUGCCACCAGUAUUUCCCUGCUCGUGAUGUUACUAGCGCAGACGGAGAGCCGCUCACUUCAUUGUCCUUUGGACCGUUUCACAUCAAGCUGGAGUCCAGUGUUGACAAGGGUGGCUUUGUUAUCAACACCCUGUCCCUCAGCAACAGUGAGAGUGAUGAGCCAGCUCGUGAAGUGCUGCACUUUCACUAUCGCAUGUGGCCUGACUUCCACCUUCCUAACACUGCUGAGGACUUUCUCAACUACCUGUGGGGUCUGCGCGACUCUGGCUGUUUUGACAGCGAUGUUGGCAGCCUUGUUGUUCACUGCAGUGCUGGUAUUGGCAGAUCCGGCACUCUCAUUCUGGUAGAUGUGUGCCUGCGCGAGAUUGAACUGCGAGGUGACUUGCCCGGCGCUAAGAUUGAGGAGUAUCUGCAGCGGAUGCGACGCCAGCGCUUUGGCCUCAUCCAGACACCGGAGCAGCUGCGCUUCGCUUACCUUGCUAUUGCUGAGGGUAUAGAGCGUAUCAACUUGCCCAGUUCUGCCCCCACCUCCACCACCGGUGAUGACGACACCGAGCCAACAGAGGCUGCGACGCAAGAGACCGCACCUCCUGUGCCUGUCGCCGACUAUAAGACAACUGAGAAGCCGGCAGCUGAGGCCACACCAUCUACCAAAGUUACUGCAGCCACUGCUGAUGAGCCAGCUGCGGCUGCUGCUGCUGCUGUACAGGAUGAUGACGCAACACAGGACAAGCCGCCGUGCAAGCGACAGGCGGAGGAGGACCUCUCACUGACUGGCGACCAGCCACCGCCCAAGCGGCCAGCAAAGAGUCCUUUAAACAGCAACGGCCAGGCCAAAGCAAGCGGGCAGUCCGAAGGCGCCACCGAGGACACUGAGCCUGGCCAACCCCUACCGUCCGCCGCAGCUGCCUCUUCGUCACAAGCAGCAGCAGCAAUUAUCGCUGAUCCCACUGCCACUGGUGGGAUGCAACAGCGACGCGGUGCACACAGCCCAGAGCUGGCAAAGAAAGCCAGCCGCACCUCCGCAGCAGCAACAUCUGACUCCGCCGAUACGCUUCCCUGGUCUACCUAUGUCAAGUGGUCGGUGGCCGCAGCCGUCGUUGCCGGGAGUGCCUAUGCCGCAUAUCGCCGCUUCUUGGCCUAAUACCGCCGUCUCCGUCGCCACCGUGCUACUUCCACGCCAGCCUGUGCUGUCUGUUGGUGCGUGGUCGUGUGUGGUCGCAUUGUGCCAUCAGACCUGUUGAGCGGAUGGGGAUAGAGUCUUGCUUGUCUUGCUGCUGCUUGCUUUCAAUGUCAACACUGGUCUCGCGAGUUUUGAGCACAACUUGAGGAUCGAUGGCCGUACGCAACCAGUGGCGUGUGUGCGUAUGCAUCGCGAAAGCCUGGGUAUAUAAUUGCGAUGCUGGCCGAGUACGAUUCUGUGAUUUGCAAUGUCUCAGUAUGUCCACAAUUGCUGUGUGUUUGUAUCUCUUCGUGUGUGCUUCAUACUGCUAUGUAAAUAUGCGUGUAGUACCUGUGUAUGGAUGUGGGUGUAGGUGUGUGUGGGUGUGGAGGCAUACAAGAGCGAUGAUGUGUAGCUAUGUGUGUGUGCGAGUGAGAAUGCGAAUGCGAGGGCAAGUUUGACCAUGUGUGUGUGCAGCGUGCGAGGGCGAGUUUGACCAUGUGUGCAGUCUUCGUGUAUGUACAUACUAGCUAUGUUCUAAUGUGCUGCUCUGAGUUCAGCAAGUCGGAACGGCCUCGCUCAGAGCCUUCUAUUAUUUUUCAAUUCGCCCGACCAUCGUCCUGUUUUCCUACCGAGAAUGACCGCUAUUUUCUAUUCCUUUGUUUUCAGCGAUCCUGCUGGUCACAAGCUGUGGAUGGAACUAGCCUUCCCCACUGCUGCUGCUGCUGCAUGCUUGCCAUUCAUGUUUCAACUGGCAUAUGGAGAUCGCUUCACUGUGUAUUUUUCUACGCUCUCUCUCUCUCUCUCUCUCUCUCUCUCUCUCUCUCUCUCUCUCUCUCUCUCUCUCUCUCUCUCUCUCUUGGCUUUUGCUCGCGGCAAGUGAAGUCAAGAUGAACCGCUGGCUCUGCCUCUCUCACGCAUGUUGUGUUCGUUUGGUGUUUUGUCGGCAUUAUUUGAGUGUAUUUUAAUUUCUUUUGUAGAAUUUCUUGCACUCUUAGUCAGUCUCCGGUCGGGUGCUAGCAUGCUUUUGCCGUUUCUUCUUCUCAAGUCUUUGCUGUGAAGUUUGCAUCGAGCGUUAGCGUUCAGUGCCUUAGUACCAGUA